AUGCCAGCGCCCAGCACUCAAUGCGAGCUUGGCCAUUGCAUAUCGCAUGGGGAAGGGCCCCUACUUUGCCCGCCAAAACAAAAAUACAUCGAGGGGCGCGGUCACAUUUGCAUGUAUCUGCCCAAGUUCCAUUGCGAACUUAACCCUAUCGAAAUGCUAUGGGGAUUUAUGAAGUACCGCUAUCGCAAAGUAUCAGAUGGCAAGUUCUUGACUGCCAAAGUCCUCGUGCCGCAGUGUCUCAACAUGUGUGACACAAUCACGAUCCGACGCUUUUUCCGUAAGACAUGGCGCUACAUGGACUCAUACUCGAAAGGACUUGAUGCUUAUCAGACUGCAUUUGCAGUCAAAGUGUUCAAGUCACACCGUAGAGUCGGUCAUCCUGCCGAGAUUAAGGCUCUCAUGAGCCGCCGAUAA